CUAUCCGGAUAUAAAAGUUGAUGAUGAUUUAAAUUUAUCUAGAAGAAUUUCUGACAAAAAUAGUUCUAAUAAGUAUAAUAGUCUGAAUCAGGAUUUGGAAGAUGAUUUAAAGAAGAAAAAAAUAGUUUUUCUGAUGAUAUGAGCCCUCCCAGAAAAUCUAGAGCAAAAGAUCAUUUGACACCUCCAAGGAGACACAGAGAGAGUCCUAACAGAUCGAUGUCAAAAAAUAGUGACAAUGAUUUAAGCCCAACAAGAAAGUCUCAUUCUAGAACUCAUGAUAAAGACGAGUCAUCAAAAUAUAAAUAUCAGGAUAAAGGUAAUUCAAGUAAAAAAUCUAAUAAAUCUGAUCAUGACUUAAGUCCACAACGAAGAUCAGAGUAUAAUAAAGCUUCAAAUUCGUCAAAAAAGUUUAUUUCUAAAAUACAUGAGAAAAAAGAAUUCUCAAAGCUUGAACAAAAUGAAGAAAACGAAAGAAAAAAUUCAAGUAAAGAUAAUUUGGGUGGAAAAAAAAAUCAUUAUUCUGAUCUAGACUUGAGUCCAAAACGAAAAUACAGGUCAAAUUCUGAAAUUGACUUGAGCCCACCAAGAGGGUCUGAGAGUAAAUCUUCAUAUAAAAAUAAAAAUAAGAGUGACUCUGUUCAUGAUUUAAGCCCACCACGUAAGUAUAAUUCUAAUAAAUGUGAUAAGGAUUUGGAGCACAAUGAGUACAAAAUUAGGGAAUCUAAUCACCGAAAUAAAUAUAGUGAAAAAUCUAGAAGUUCUUAUGCUGAAAAUAUGUCACCAAGAAGAUCUAACGAUUUUAAAUUUGGAGGAAAUAAUUAUAACCAUAAGUUUUCAAAUACUACAGGUUCUAGGCAUGAAAGAGUUAAUUCUAGAAGAAACUCGUCAGAUACCGAUCAGAGCCCUCCAAGGCGAUCUAGGGACUAUGAAAAGAUAUCAAGAAAAUCAAAAAGUAAUUGUAAUGACAGAGAUAACUCCAGAGAAAGGUAUUCUGAUACUGACCAAAGUCCCCCUAGAAAAUCUAAACGUAAGAAUGAUCAAACAUCCUCAGAAAAAAUGAAAAAAACCCUAGAUGGUAAAAUUGCUGGUUUGCAAGAUGCGAAAAGUUUACGCAUUGAAACAGAAAGAAUUCGCAAAAAGGAGAAGGAUCAGCUGCUAAAUAUGAAUGAUGAAAUAUCAGGUCGAUAUGCUAAAACAGUUUCCAGGAAAUCUGGACGUAAGGAAGAAUCCGAAGAUGAAGAUACAAAAAAAGCCAGACUUGAACGUGAAAGGAUUCAUAAAGAAAAAUACUCACGCUGGGGCAAAGGUUUAAAACAAGUUGAAGAGUUGAAAUCUAGAAUGGAGGAAGAUCUACAUGAAAUGAAUAAACCUUUAGCAAGAUACGCAAAUGAUGAUGAUUUAGAUAAACAUUUAAGGGAUCGUUUGCAUGCUGAUGAUCCUAUGUUGGAAUAUAUACAGCAAAAGCAAAUGGAGAAAAAUGUUAAAAAAGGAAUUCAGGUUAGACCAGAAUAUAAAGGUGCAUACCCUUCAAACAGGUUUGAUAUUAAACCAGGAUACAGAUGGGAUGGUGUUGACAGGGGUAAUGGUUAUGAAAAACAAUGGUUUGAAAAAAUGAAUGCGAAAAAAGCUGAUGAAGACGAGGCUUAUAAAUGGAGUACCGAAGAUAUGUGA